GAAAACAUGCAUGCUUAUUUUUGGUGUGAACCCGCGAUCAACGACCCAGAAUUUCAAGGGGGGCCUCGAUUUUGACAAGUAAUAGUCCAAAGUGAUCAUGUACAUGUAUAAGUGUCAAUUACGUUAGUAGUUUUUGUUUAUUGAACAUCAAGAACAUAUUCUGAAUAGUUCAACAAGUUUCUUAAAAAGAUUAAGAUUUUAAAGCAGAUUAAGUGUAAUAAAGCUAUUAAAUGUUUUGAGAAAAGGCAUUUGACAUUUUAUAUUUCCAUAGACAUGUGUUCAUGUGUUAGAAUGUAGCAAUGAAAGUAUCGUCUGCAAAGUUAAGAAUAUUUUUAAUUGAAUAUUGUAUCAUUUGUUACUUUUAAAUCUUUUUUGUUAUUGUUGUUUUGGACACUUUCCACCUUGAAAUGAAAAUUGGAUGACCUACAUGUGGAUUUAUUAUCAUUUCUACGUGUAUGUAGCUCGGAAGAAGGAUUCUAAAGAAACAGACAAGAUGGAGUUAGGUAAACAACAACUGAAUGAAAAGGAAGAAGUCAGUAUCACAGAUUGUCCUGGCAAGAAUGACAAUAAAAUUGAAUUUGAUCAUUUGGAAUCAAAUAGCAAAGAAGAAAAGGAGCAAAAUGAUAGAGCAGAUGAAUCAAGAGGCCCUCAUGGUGAAAUUGAAAUGAAAUUCAUCCUAGACAACCAGCAUCUUCAUACUGCCCAUUCAUCACCUGUGACGCCAAAGACCAUCAGGAAACGUAAAAACCAUCAUCUUGAUAUGGCUGAAAUGAUCUCAUUAAGUGGGGUAGAGAGUCUGUGCACCAUCUCCAACUAUGAUGCAAUGUCUACAAGAGGUAUUGAUGAUGAGGAGGAAGGGGGUGAUGAUAGAGAGGUUGAUACUGGUAUUGGAGUGCAUCAUCUCUUGUCCGUUCUACUUGCUAUGAUGUCAGUUGCAAUUGUCUUGCUCCUCUACUUCCUGGUACCAUGUCCAAUGGAGCCUGCAAAUUGGAGUAUAGAAUUCGAAGGAAUCGUUUCAUCAUCGCCAGUAAGACUACUGGAUGUGAAUAAAGAUGGAAUGGUUGAUGUCAUAUUUGGCUUUUCAGUCGGAAAAUCUACUGAUCCACCAGGAGUAAAAGCACACUUGUGUGAAAAUCUCAAUAUUUCAUCAUCUGGCUGUGGUGGUGGUGUUAUAGCUUUGAGUGGUUGGAGAGGUGAAGUGUUAUGGAGACUAGACACCAAUCAGACAAACAUUAAUAGCUUAGUCUGCAAUCAACUGGAUGUCAACAAUGAUGGUCAAUUGGAUUGUCUAGCAGCAGGAGAUCAUGGUUUGCUCAUAGCCAUCAACACAAAAAAUGGUGUCGUUCUAUGGGAGUCUGAUCCAUUAGUUACUGUAACAUACUGGUCAUAUUCUCAACCCCAGACCUUGCCGAAUGAUCUCAAUCAUGAUGGUAUCCUAGAUCUUGUAAUCUCACAUGGUGUAACAGACAAAACACAGAGUGGUGUUGGAGUUGGAAGACUUUUAUUGUUGUCAGGGAAGACAGGCCAAUCACUUGGUACAUUUCUAGAGAUGCCAGAUGGACAUACAUCAGUUAGCCCACCAAUAGUUUUUCAAGCUGUUGAUGAUAGCAAUCCAUUUAUUGUAUUUGGAACAGAUGUAGGAUCAGGAACCUCUUACACUACACCAGGUUCCAUGUGGGUUAUAAGUCUGGAGAUGUUGGUAUGUUAUGUCACUGAAAGCAACUGUGUUACAAGAACUCAUAUAGAGGAGCAACAGUAUGGAGUAUCAACCAUUAAUGACCAUGUGAUUGAAAUUAUAAGAGGGAAAGAUGAUGGUUUUAGUCUACCUGCAGUAGUAACUGACCUGACCAUGGAUGGGAUCAAUGACCUCAUUGUAAUAUCUGAUAAUACAAUGGUUACUGCUAUUAAUGGAUCUAGUUUUAAACCAUUAUGGAGUGUACAACUUGAUGUUUACUCUGGUUAUAGACCUACCAGUGUUCCUGCACCUGGUCACUUUAAUGCUGAUGAAGUACCUGAUAUAAUAAUACACUUAGAGUCACCUACCCUUAAAAAUAAGAUUGUGAUACUUGAUGGAUUAACUGGUCGUGAUCUGUGGUACACUACGACAACAUCAAGCUUUGAGAACAAGCCUGCAUUCACCAAUCCAUCACCUCUUAGUCUAAAAGCUCAUAGACAGAAAGAUGCAUUCUUAUAUUGGAUACAGAAUUUCCCUAAUAUAGAUACUGGAACAACUACAAAGAGAAACCUAGAAGGAUGCUCAGAACUCAUUUCUGGAUACCCGACUUUCAACAUGGUGAUGAUGGAUAGAGAUUUGGCCAUGGAUCCACCCAGCCUCCUCUCAUUAAGACCAUACAAACCAAUAAUCAGUACAACAAGUCUGCCACCAUCUAGUGACAUGACAAGUCAGGCAAUUAGCAUAGGAGUUUCAUCAUCUCCUGAGUCAACUGAUGUUACACCAGUAUAUCUCUCAUCAACUCAACGGAUUAUCAAAUCUCAAGAUUGUUAUAUGAUGGAACCAGUUCUCACAAAUACUGGUGUGAUAGAUGAUUUAGACGAUGAUGGUUCACUUGAAGUCAUUGUUGCUAUCAACACUAUGCCGACAUACCUGGGAUCAUCUAGUAAUUCUACCACAUUACCACUCGCCUUCCUUACCAUCCAACAAAUGAGUCUACAACAAGCCUUAGACCAGAAUCAAAGGAUCAAAUUAGUCCAAAGUGACUCCUUUCUGAGUCCCAGUGUUGAGAAUUCAACUGUCACCGGGAACAUCUUCGAUCAUUUUGACUUCUUGGAAACAAAGUUUCAGACAUGGCUAGGGUAUUUGGGUACUAAUGCCAAUGGGAGGUAUACUUAAUCACAUCAUAUCAAUUCAUUUUUAUUGUAUCAAGAUAUCUUCAUAAAGUACUCUUCUCCAUAUUACAGAUUUUUAAUGAUUCACCCUCAAAAAAUGGUUUUGAUAAAAGCAGAAAAAAUAGCAAAAAUAUUGGUUAAGGCUUGAUGGAAAUACAUCAAAGAAUAACAUAGUUAUGAAUGUUUAAGCUUUGAUUUGGUGGAAAUUUGUGACAUCACAGACAAACUACUCGUUUAUACGUGGGACAGAUAUAUCAUCAGAUUAUACAGAAUUUCUUAUGUAAGAAAAAUAUUUUUAUUCAUUGUGUUCCAUCCCAAAUAAAGGAAUUUAUAUUACAUCACAUGAUAUAAAUGUAGCUGCUCACAUACAAAGUUUAUCUCCAUCUGCUACUCUUCAUUUCCUACUACUCUACCCAGGUGAAAUGUAUACAUUGAAGGAAGGAGCACCUGAUCAGUAUAGUCAUGCUAAAGUGGGAGCAAUGUAUGCAGUACUUAGAAACAUGGUAUUAAGUGGUAUUUAGAUAUUGCAUAUUAUCAUUAUUAUCAGUAUUAUACCCUUUGAGCGUAACAGAGACCGGUCUUAAAAAUCCAAUCAAAACCAAGAAUUUCAGGAUUCUUAUACAAUCAAGGUAUAUCUUCAAAAAGGUUUAUUUUCAAUAGGUAUAAUGCCAUUUCAUCCAAUUACUAAUUCAUCUUCUAUCAAUUGGUCUGUCAUCAGAUUUUCCACUAUCCAUAUGGUCCACAUACACAAGAUACAUAUCUUGUUCAUGAUUAUAAAAAUGACUGCUCAAAAUGUUUAAUUUUCUAUUAGUGAAAUAUCAAAAUGUUUGAGCUCAAGAUUCACGCUCGCAAGAAUGCCCUUUUAAAUAGCGCCUUUUUUACCAAAAAUCAAGUUUUACAACUUCAGAUUUGAAAAUGUUUCCACUGAACCACAAGUUCAAAAAGGCUUUGUGAUCAACUUACUACAAAAAAACUCUGAAUGCUGAUGAUAAAUUUAUGUGAAAAUAUCCCAGAUAUAAGCGCCUUUUAGAAGCUUUGUCCCCAAAACGAAAAUACUUAAGAAGUGCUCAGGGGCAGCAGAACAUAUUUUUGUUUGGGGGGGCAAAGCCAAAAAAGGGCACUUAUGCCAAAAAGGGCAAUUUGGUGCAAACAU